CGACUGAACCAAUUAUAUUAUAAUCCUCGAUGGCAAAUCUAAUUCGAUUAGUGAACAAGGUAUAUAUAAUCGCUAGAUUGUCCUAUCUUCUUAGCUUUAACCAGCGGUCGAAAUGAAGUUUCUAUGUCUGAUAUUAUUGGCCACGUCAGUGACUGGUCGAUUCACAGAUGAUUUAUACCAACAGUUGGCCAGAGACAAUGCCAACAAGAAUCUUAUUUCGUCGCCUCUUUCCGUCGAUAUUGCCUUGGGUAUGGUCUACAUAGGAGCUGGGGGAAAGACAGCCCAAGAAAUGAGGAGCGUCUUGAAAUUGCCUGAGCAUAAAGCGGCAGUGCAUCAUAAAUACUGGGAAUUUCUGACAAGUCUCGAAGGUCGGGAGAGGGUGGCCAUCCUCGUUAUAGCCAACCGUAUAUACGUAAACAGGCACUUUACUAUAAAUCCUUUGUUCAAUGAAGUGGUCAAAUGGACCUUUAAUGCCGAAGCGAAGGCUAUCAACGUUUAUGAUCCUAAUAGGGCCGCUUCGAUUAUCAAUGACUGGGUGAACGAUCAGACGAGCAGCAGGAUCAAAACCAUUGUUUCGGAUAAAGAUAUAACUUCAGAUCUGGUUAUGAUUCUCUUGAAUGCAAUUUACUUCAAAGGCCAGUGGCAGUACGAAUUCGACCCUAAAAGGACCAAACAGGCCGAUUUUCGAACUGCCGACAAAAAAACCGUUCCUGUCCAGAUGAUGUCGCUAUCGGGCGCAUUUAAGGCGGGAUAUAUUAUCAACCUGGGUGCCAAAGUGAUUGAGCUUCCUUAUCGGAACUCAAGCCUCUCCAUGGUCAUCUUUUUGCCGGAAAAAGUCGAUGGUUUGGCAGAAUUGGAGAGAAAGAUCGCAGGCUUCUCCCGACGGCUUCCAAAGGUGAAUGUGAACUUAAAGCUGCCGAAGUUUAAAAUCGAACUCACUUCAGAGCUAGGGGAUAUUCUCCAGAAGAUGGGCAUAAGAGAUGCAUUUAAACCCACAGCGGAUUUUAAGGGUCUAGUAGGACCCAGGGCGUCAGGAGUCAGGAUCAGCCAAGUCAGGCACAAGGCCUUCAUUGAGGUUAACGAAGAGGGCGCCGAGGCAGCAGCUGUUACAGCUGUCAAGAUGGUUAGGCAGUGCAUGGGAUGCGGACCCCUGCCUCCUUUCCAGUUUAACGCCGAUCAUCCGUUUGCCUACAUCAUUCGCGAUAAAGACACCAUUUACUUUCAGGGACACUUCGUAAAACCAGAAUAAUAAAGUAAAUGUAAGGAGACGCAAA